UAAGGCUUUUACAGAGUGCAAGAUGGCGGACACGGAGAGUACGUGCACCUCAGUGGACGAGCGAACCGAGGACCUUGUGUCGCCCACGAGGGACGCGCUGGUGGACGGCAUCGUGGGGCUGCUGAAGCCGUGCCUGGACCAGCUGGACGACCGCGUGAGGGCCACCAGGGUGAGCCAAAGUGAGCUCCACCAGCAGCUUGAGGGCCUGGCAGCAGAGCUCUCUCGAAUACAGGAGCAGAGCAAGUGUCCGCUGCAGCUGGAUUCCUACAUCAAGAAGCUGCAGAACGCCAAGAGACGCGUCGUAGUGGUCAACAACAUCCUGCAGAACACACAGGACCGCCUCAACAAGCUACAUACACAAGUCAACAAGGAGAACGCCCGACGCCGCGCCCUGCUGGAGUCACCCUCGCCCUCAUCCACGCCCUCCACCUCACUCCACGCCCCUUAGAUCCACCCUCUCCUUGCCUCCACCUCCUUCUGCUG